AUGGGACAUCAACAGCAUCCCAACAACGGAACAACGGAAAGCAUCUCUUUUGCUUAUCCGAUAAACAAACUCAAGGCCUUGGACCCCCAGGACUUAGUAGACUUACCCGAGACGAUAGCUACGUUCGAUGACGCAAAUCGAGCGAUAGCGAGUCUCCGCGAAACUAUUACUUCCGCAGUCACAGACUCGGAAACGGACGCGUCACGGACGGUGAAACUGUCGGGCGACCGACGGUUUAACUUUCCGUCCGACCUGCGACUGCUAAUUAGACAGAAAAAUGCAGCCAAACGCGCCUUCGACCGAUACCGAUCGGAAUCGAACCGAACCCUACUUCGACGCCUUCAACUAGAAGUCAAAGAUCGUGUAUCGGAACACCGACACACAACGUGGGACACUCUCGUAGAGGACAUCGAGCCAUCGCACACCGCCUACUGGCGGUUGGCCCGCAGUCUGAAAGCAGACCCCCGCGAAUCUCUACCGCCUUGCUCCUUUCCGGACGACUGGAAGCAAGCCACGGUUAUCGGCAUUCGCAAGCCGAAUAAACCAGCCAAUAAGCCCUCCAGCUAUCGUCCCAUCAGCCUCCUCAGUUGUCUGGGGAAGCUCUACGAGCGGCUAUUGUUAAACAGGCUCAAAGUGCACCUAUACCGCCUAAAGGAGCACAUCCUAAAAGGCCUCAACCACCCCAAACACAUUAGUACAGGGGCUCUCUUCUUCGAUGUCGCAAAAGCAUUCGACAAAGUCUGGAACAACGGCUUGCUUUACAAGCAGUACACACUCAAAGUGCCAGAUAGGCUCGUACACACCAUCCGGGCCUUUUUGUUGAACCGCUCUUUUCGAUAUCGAGUCGAGGGCACCCUCUCCACAAGCCGCCGCCUCACGGCCGGCGUACCACAAGGCUCCUGCCUCUCUCCCUUGCUAUUUACGCUCUACACGAGCGACAUACCUAGAGAUCCCCACGUCAAUCUCGCGCUUUUCGCGGAUGACACGGCGCUCUUUUACUCAGAUCGCAACCUCAGUCAAUUAACAACUCGACUCCAAAGCGCCGCCGACGGCCUCGGCGAUUGGUUCCGCAAAUGGAGAAUCGAUAUUAAUCCAGAAAAAAGUGUGGCGAUUCACUUUACUCGUAGCACCCCCAACCCCCACCCGCCAAACCGUUACAAAGGUCCUCGCCAGUACAGAAAGUUGGGGCAAAUAUCACUAUACGGCCAAACUCUCCCCUGGGAGAAAACGGUCAAAUAUUUAGGAGUCACUUUCGACUCGCGUAUGACUUUCACUACGCACAUCAAUCAAGUCCGAAAUAAAGCCGCGUUCGUCUCCGGCCGGCUACACAAUUUACCGAAUAAGCAUAGUGAAAUGCCCUUAAGGCACAAACUACUGUUAUAUAAAGCUUGCAGCCCAGCAUCAUCCCAACCCUCUGGUGGUAAGCGCAGCAAACUACCAACCGGACACAAACGCGAACGUAAACAAGCGUCGCCCGCGAAACGUCCUCAUCGACCCGGUCGACGAAGAGGACUUAGAUACGAUGGACCCACCGCCGGGGGUCCCGCCGGA